AAGCUCCCCAGUUCAACAACAAACUUGCAACCCUUUGUCUAUCUCCACGUUCACGAGGCAGUACAGCACACUUGGGUCACCCCAAAGUCUCCAAGAUGCCGGACGACAACGCUUCGAGCCCUCCCUUACCCGUGGCCAAGUCGAAACCAGUGAGCGAAGCUCUGUUGAAUGAGAAGUGGGAUCGUGCAGUUUCAUCCUUGGUGAUCAGAUCCGCCCUCGGAUUCUCCUUCGGUGUCAUAUUCUCAGUACUACUGUUCAAGCGAAGAGCGUGGCCAGUGUGGUUUGGAACCGGCUUCGGCGCCGGAAGAGCUUGGGAAGAAGCUGAUGCAAAUUUUAAGAGAGGCGACACAUUCAACACGGACGGUCUUCGAAAAGUACGGACUGAGAGGUAGUCAGAUCGUGGAGGCGUCUUGUGUUUUGCCCGCAAUCGCAAUGGAGAGUACAAAUGUGUACAACAUGUACAGAGCACCUUCUUAAGAGGACCAAAUGGUGCCUUUGAGCGGUCUGAAUUACUGUAUCCGUCCAUUUCUGCUUUUCUCCAGCUCGCAUAAACCUGCUGGUUAUCUGCUCGCCUUCUCGUUCUCAAUUUCCCGGCGAAGGUUUUCCAGUUCUGCCUCUCGUUUCCUCAAAUGCGACUCGAGUCCGUCUAUUUGCUCCGAUACCAAGGCAAGAUCAUCCCUCAGUCUCUUCAAAUC